GAAGAGGGAGUCGUACGUGUGCCAGGAGCGCUGCACCUCUCGCCGUGGCUGGUGCUCUUCAAGGAUUUUUCUCCCCCUACCCACCCAGCCACCCCUCUUUCUCUCUCUCUCUCUCUCUUUCGUCUCUUUUAUUUACCUCCCUCUUUUAUUUUCUCCUGCAUAGCUGUGGCACCAGCUUGUUUUCUCUGGGUUUUUUUUUCGCCUUUUCCAUUUUUCUCUUCUCCCCCCACCCCUUUCCCUCUCUCUCUCUCUCUCUCUCUCUCUCUCUCUCUCUCCCUCCCUCUCUCCCUCUCCUUGUGUCUUUCUGUGACUUGCAACAAAAGGCUGACGGAGUGAGCCUGACGUCUGAAUGAAUAGCCCAAACCUGCCGUGAAGGGAGAGAAGAGGGAGACGGAGCAGGGAAGAGGAGGCUGAGGAGAAAAGAUACAAGUGAUCUGGCUGAAGAGGCGGAAAAAAGAGGAGAGAGCGCAGAGAAGUGCCGAUUGCUGGCUGACGACGAAUAGAGAUCCAAUUUUUUUUUUUUUUUUUUGCCUCCCCCUCUUGGAGAUUAAAGGAGUUGAAGGCACCUCUUUAAACCGCACCGGGGCGGGUGACGAUCGUAGUUCUUCCCCCCCACCACGUCCUCCCACCAACCCCCUCGGCCGCUGCCCUCCUGUGCCACCUUUUUUUUUUUUUUUAAACCCCCACCCCCCACCCCUCUUCUUAAGAGUGCCAGUCGUCUGAGAAAGAGAAAUGGAGCUUCUGGGGGUGAGGUGACGAAGGAGGACAGAUUUGGAAACAAGCAGUGGGAGAGCGAAGUGAAGGAAGAUAGAGAGAGAGAGAGAGGGGAGGGAGGGAGGCUGGAGGAGGAGGUAGAGAGGAGACAAGAGGAUAACCCCAGGGCAUACUGUGUGAGAAUCCCCCCAACGCCCACUUUUUCUUUUUUUUUCUUUUUUUCUUGUCCCUCUCCUCACUACAUUUCCUCUGCCAUGUGCUGCUCCUGAUCUUGAAGAAUGUGGAGACAGCAUUUCCCAGGUAUUCGGCCCCAGAUAAUGAACGGGCCUAUGCACCCACGCCCCCUGGUGGCGCUGCUGGAUGGGCGCGACUGCACCGUAGAGAUGCCCAUCCUCAAAGACCUGGCCACCGUGGCUUUCUGUGACGCCCAGUCCACGCAGGAGAUUCAUGAAAAGGUGCUGAACGAGGCAGUGGGAGCCAUGAUGUACCACACCAUCACCCUGACCAGAGAGGACCUGGAGAAGUUCAAGGCGCUGCGCAUCAUCAUCCGCAUCGGCAGCGGCUACGACAACAUUGACAUCAAGGCUGCCGGCGAGCUCGGCAUUGCGGUGUGUAAUAUUCCCUCAGCGGCUGUAGAAGAAACAGCGGACUCAACACUUUGUCAUAUUCUCAAUCUGUAUCGACGAAACACCUGGCUGUACCAGGCUCUCCGGGAGGGCACGCGGGUCCAGAGCGUGGAGCAGAUCCGGGAGGUGGCGUCGGGGGCAGCCAGGAUCCGAGGAGAGACGCUCGGCCUUAUCGGCUUUGGUCGCUCAGGCCAGGCUGUGGCAAUGCGAGCCAAGGCGUUCGGCUUCAACGUGAUCUUCUACGACCCCUACCUCCAGGACGGCUUGGAGCGCUCGCUGGGGGUUCAGCGAGUCUACACACUCCAGGACCUGCUCUACCAGAGCGACUGUGUCUCCCUGCACUGCAACCUGAACGAACACAACCACCACCUCAUCAACGACUUCACCAUCAAACAGAUGCGUCAAGGUGCUUUCCUGGUCAACUCAGCACGGGGAGGUCUAGUGGAUGAGAAGGCUUUGGCUCAGGCCCUGAAAGAAGGCAGGAUACGGGGAGCCGCCUUGGACGUCCACGAGUCCGAGCCUUUCAGUUUUUCCCAAGGUCCUCUGAAAGAUGCCCCCAACUUGAUCUGCACACCCCACACCGCCUGGUACAGCGAGCAGGCGUCACUGGAGAUGAGGGAGGCCGCCGCCACAGAAAUACGCAGAGCUAUCACUGGCCGUAUCCCUGACAGCCUCCGAAACUGCGUCAACAAAGAAUUCUUUGUCACCGCGGCGCCCUGGGGAAUGAUGGAGCAGCAGCAGCCUCAAGUUCACCCUGAGAUCAAUGGUGCCGCCUACAGAUUCCCUCCCGGUGUGGUGGGCGUCGCCCCCGGCGGGAUUCCUGGACCUAUGGAGGGCUUGGUGCCCGGGGGUGUUCCCAUCACCCACACCUUGCCCCCCGGUACCCACCCGUCACAGGCCACCUCCCCCAACCAACCCUCCAAACAUGGCGACCCCAUGAGAGAGCACAUGACUGAGCCGUAGGACUGCUGCUGCUGCUGCUGCUGCUGUAAACGAGCAGGGGGCUAAAACCGAUGUAUACUAAAAAAAACAAAACAAAAAAACAACCAACCCAGCAACCUACCAACUCAACCAUCCAACUGUACGCUUGACUUCAGCCAUCUGAACCUACCAGCAGACUGCCUGCCGGGCAACGUUUCACACUCUUUUUUUUUUUUUCUUUUUGUAUGAAACCACUAAGCCCAAGUGAGGACAGACAGUGGGCGUUGAUGCACACAUGAGCUGCCACACUGAGAUGGGACUGACCGUCAAACUCAUGCGCCUACGACCUGAAACCUCUCCUCCCUCCAUACCUGUUCUUGUUCUUCAUCGAUUUAAGUGAUACUUUCGUUUUUAUCUUUAUUUUUGAAUAUAUUUUAGGGAGAUUCCUCUGGACUUUUUGGACACGUUGACACUACCACGUGCAGGACGAAAAUCUCUCUCACCCUCCCUGGUUUAAAGGAGAAGCUUCAAAUGACAGUGACUUCAACAAGCCUCCUUUCUCCUCCUUCCUCCAUAUUUUCACUCAUUUCAGCGCAAAUGUCUUGUGUGUUUUUUUUGUUUGUUUGUUUGUUUGUUUUUGUUUUUUUACUUUUUUUCUGUUUAUCCUAUAUUCUGUGUUUUCUGUUGCAAGUGAAUAUCUGUUUUUCUGUUCUUCAGUGUGUGAAAAUGAAUGGAUUUACAGUUUCGCGUAUGUUUUAGCAGACAAGAAAAGUCAGAUGAUGACAACAGCAGCAUCUGCCGUCUCCAUCAGAAAAUCUGGACUCCAUCCUUGCUCUUUUCUAAUCAUCGUAGCUGGUGGCCCCUGAAUGUAGAGACAAGAUGCGGGACAGUAGAUGUGGUCUCCAGUUCCAGGAAGGAUAUUUCGACUUGUGAGGUAAAAAUGAUCCCUUUUAAACCAAAAAAAGGAAAGAAAUAGGAAAAAAAUAAACGACUGCCAUUCGUGGUUAGAUAUUAUACGUUGAGUGUGUCACCUCAAUUAAAUAGUGCUGUUGUAACUUUUCCAACUCUGCUGAAUUAAGGUACCUAAAAUAUUUGGUUAAUGUCAUGAACAGUGUCCCAAAUAUUAUCUGUUUGCAUCCAAAGGACCUGCAGUACUUUGCAGCACUAGCUAGUGAGGUAGGAACAGUACAUUUCUUUCUGACUCAGGAAAAAAAAAAAAUUUACCAUCAACUCUGUCCAAAUCCUAACAGAAAAGAAAAGAAAAAACACGUCUGGAUUAGGGCUUUUCAUGUCUCCACCUCCUUCUCCGUUGUGUUUUUUUUUUAAUAUAUAUAUUAAAUGUAUGUUUUUUGAUGUUCAAGGUUUUCAGUCCUGUUAGAUUUGUAUUGCCUUGUUAAAUGUUCUUAUAAUCAUAGUCUUAUGUGACCAACCCCACCCUCUCCUCCUUAUAGUUUCUUCUUCCUCUUCUUUUUUUUUUUUUUUUUUUUCCUGCUCUAAAUGAAAGCCAGCUGUGGCUCUCGGAGGCGCCGUGCCCUCUGUGAACAACAGCAGCCACAUUCAUCCCUUUAGCUCCAAGAUAAUAGCAAGAGACGGCUGCUAGCAGAUUGUUUGGUUUUUAGUGUGAGUAUUUGUAUUUGUUUCUUGUACAAGGUGAACAUAUAGUAUACAGUGCAGCUGGAAACAAUAAAUAAAACUUGCUGUUCUGAUUAA